UAAACCAGCUGUCAGAGUCCUGCAGAUCUCACUGUAGCUGCAUCAUGGCUGAUGGGACGAUGGAGGUGGUUGAAUCCGGGAUGUCUCUUAUGACUUCACACAUCAAACUCUCUCCAGUAAGACCUCCAAAUAAAUUUGAGAGGAUGAUGCAGCCUUGUCUGGGUGAGCUGGUGGGAACGAUGUUCUUUGUGUUCAUCGGCUGUGUCUCGGUCAUCGAGAACCUGGAGGCUGCAGGGAGGCUGCAGCCGGCUCUGGUCCACGGUCUGACUAUAGUCGUCAUGGUGGCCUGCAUGGCUGAGAUCAGUGGCUCCCAUUUUAACCCCACAUUCACGCUGGCUAUCUACAUCUGUGGAGCUAUGGAGACGAACAUGGUGGUCCCCUACCUUGCUUGUCAGUUGCUUGGCAGUGUGAUUGGAGCUGCUAUGGCAAAGGCAAUGACAACAAGCGAGCACUUCACCAAGGCCCACGGGGCUGCAUUUGCAGUGCUGCAGGCGGAUAAUCAAAUAGGACGAGCCCUGUUUGGAGAGAUCACCAUGACCUGCCUGAUUACUCUGGUGCUCCUGUUGGGAGCUAUCAACUCCAAAACCAAGAGCCCAGUAGUGCCAUUUUUGGUGGGUUUAACAGUCAUCAUCAACAUUUUAGCUGGUGGGGAUGUAUCUGGAACCUGUCUAAACCCAGCCAGAGCCUUUGGUCCAGCAGUAGUUAGUAACUAUUGGCUGUAUCACUGGGUUUAUUGGGUAGGACCCAUUCUUGGAGGUGUAUUAGCAGCAGCACUGAUCCGGCUUCUCCUUGGAGACCGUGAGAUUCGACUAAUUCUGAAAUGAGGUCUACCCCUCAACCUGCAUUUACGAUAUUACCGCCUCUUUUGCUUCAUUUGCAUACAGAUGUAUUUUCUUUGCUAUACAAUGAAUAAAAA